GCUAACAACUCUCUGCCAUUAGAAACAAUCCCAAGAGAUAAGGAAACUUAACAAGACAGAACACAUAGAGAUGAGCCGUUGCUGCUCUCUUGGGCUCUGUGCCCCUAAUCCUUUGUACUCUCUAUCUUCCAGGCCUCGCAUUCGUAGCGUCAGAGCUCCUCUCUGUAUUACAUCUCACACCAAACCCAACUCUAACACCAACUCUCUUCUUCAUUAUGUUGCCAAGAUGAAAGCAAAGGCCGAUGACUUCUUUGGAGCAAAGAAGACAAUCUUUGCAACUCAACUCGGUGCAGUUCUUGCCACGAUUGAUCAUCCGGCCUUGGCAAUAACAGGAGUCAACCACGAGCAGGAACUAAGCAGCGUUGUGCUCGAUAUCGGGAUCAUAUCGGUCUGGUACUUCCUCGUAAUGCAUCCAAUCAUCAUGAACUGGCUGAGAGUAAGAUGGUACAGAAGGAAGUUCUUUGAGAUGUAUUUACAGUUCAUGUUCGUCUUCAUGUUCUUCCCCGGGCUACUGUUAUGGGCACCAUUUCUUAACUUCAGAAAGUUCCCAAGAGAUCCAUCUAUGAAGUAUCCUUGGGACAAACCAAAAGACCCUUCCACUAUCAAGAACGGUUACCUCAAGUACCCAUUUGCAAAGCCAGAAGACUACGACUAUUAAGAUGCUUGUGGCUCAUGAACACAAUGUAAUGACUUGUGCAGAGGCUCUUUUACUCGAGGCAUAUAAUAAAACAGAAAUAACUUUAUUGUCAUUAUGGAAAAAUAAAAAGAUGGAAAGAAACAAAAUUA